AUGCCGAUAAUAUUCCAAAGCAUCAGCCUUCCAAGUCUUCCACUGGAAACCGCCGGUGCCCAGUGCACGCAACAGCCCAGCGAGGAGCCCAAGAAAACCAUCCCAGCCCGCGAGGUCGUACCCGCAACAGAACCGAAACAGGUGCAAGAGCCGACCAUUUCUAACUAUUCUUCCGAGGUCCGGAUGUCCUUUUGCCUCGAAGCACUGCGCAAAGAAGGCCUCCUCUUCGCCAAUGCACUGCCCUCCAGCAUAGAACUCAGCGACGGGGAGCAAGACAAUCGGCGAAUUAAACGCCCUGGACUUGGAAUCUGCAUGCGCCUAUUCCCAAUCGAUGACACGCGUGAUAUCGAAGUCCUUGUCGGCGAGGAUCUGGUCUCCUUUCCCGUCGUCGAGAUCUGCUCUCAAUCAGGUCUCGACUUUGUCUAA